AUGGAUAUCAAACAGGAAUUCUGCUCGGAAUGCUCAGAUAUCAAUCGAAAAUUCUUCUGGAUGGGACCGGAUUCUGCAGCCAACAGAUGCCAGGAUGUGGAUGGGGAGUUCAGCCAGAUCGAUGCCGGGAACGGGAUGGUUUUUGGAGUCGAUGCCACCAGCUUCGUGUACACACGCGUCGGAGAUGCCUGGGUACUAUUCCCCGGCAGGCUCCGGCACGUGACGGUGGGACCAGCAGGCGUGUGGGGAGUCGGACAAGACAUGGGCAUCUACCGGCUGGCGGCUGGUGGCUGGCAGAACGUCACUGGUGAGCAGUUGCUGCAGUUGGAUGCCGGUGGUGUCGGGACCUUGUGGGGUGUGGACCGUUUUGGUUCCACUCACUGCCUGAGGGUGGUUAGGCCGGGCCCAGUGAGCACCGGCGGCAGUCCAGCCUUCAGUAUCCAGGGCGGCCAGAUGAAGUACCUAUCCUGUGGGCCACAGGGUUGCUGGGGCGUCUCUCUGGCCGACGACAUCUACCAUUGCCACUCAGCCUGUUCCUCCUCCUGCCUCAUCACCAGCUGGGAGCAGGUCUCUGGAAAGUUCCAGAUGGUUGAGGUGGGCACGGACGGUCAAGUAUAUGCUGUCAGCAUCUCCAACCAACUCUACAUGAGGAGCGGUAUCACCCCAGAAAGACCAACUGGCCGGGGUUGGACCAACAUCCAGAUCGGGAACCUUCUCUUCAGGCACGUGACAUGGGACCUGGGGCACCUCUGGCUACUGACAGACAAUGGCCGGGUUGUCCAUUGCACCGGCACUGACAUCAGCUGA